AUGGACAGCUCUUCCUCAGCACAUGCACGCAAACGCAUUGCAGCAAUGCUCUCUGAGUCCGAGCUGGUGGCAUUCGACCACACGGCUGCUGGACACGACGGCAUCAGCUCCAAUGCCUCCGGCUCCCUCAUCAUCAAGCCCUGUACGGCAGCCGAGAUCAACUUCUACGAGUCCGCCAAAGACCACCCCUUGUUCCAAGCUCACAUGCCUACUUUCCUUGGGUCGCUCUCCGAACACAACGACCAAGACAACGUGGCACCGCUGCUACAGUCUUCCCAAGACGGCGUAGCCGCACCGGGGUUGAAUAGGCGCACUUCGUGGAAACCCUCGGGAGGCAAGAAGAUUUCCACCGGUCUGGCGGUCGUGCUGGAGAAUGUCGCGGCCGGGUUCAAGCACCCCAACGUGUUGGACGUGAAGCUCGGCGUCCGGCUGUGGGACGAUGACGCCCCCUUGGCCAAGAGACAGAAACUCGACGACGUGGCGGCGAGGACGACGAGCGGGAGUCUCGGCUUUCGUCUCGCCGGGAUGAAGCUGUGGGCUGGCGCACAGGGCAAGCCAGACUCGGAAGUCGAGGUGGCACCGUCCGAGAAAGAGUACGUGGAGGUCAAGAACGGGUACAAGUCCUACAACAAGUUCUACGGGCAGUCCUUCACGGCGGAAAACGUCGUGGACGCCUUCAAGACGUAUUUCGGCGGCGUAGCCGUCGGCCCGGAUAACGACUCCGGUGAUGAUGGCACGACGACGGCGACGACCAUGAGGAAAGUCCGGUUCAAGCACCCGCGGGCCGAGUUCCUCAUCCGCCGCUUCAUGAGGGAGCUGGAGAGUGUCGAGUACGCCCUGCAAGAAGAAGAGAGUCGGAUGUACAGCGCCAGCGUGUUGAUGGUGUACGAAGGAGACCCGGAGACGCUGGAGGCCAGCAUUGCGAAGGAGGAGAAGCAGGAGCAGCAGGAGGAGGGCAUGGCGGAGCAAGAUGAGGACGAGAUCGAAGACGAAGACGAAGACGACGACGACGACGUACAGCCACACAAGGUCCACGAGGUGCGACUCAUUGACUUUGCCCACGCUCGGUGGACGCCAGGCGAAGGGCCCGACCAGAAUGUCCUCACAGGCAUCCGGCAUCUGCUACGUAUCCUGCAGGACUUCGUCUAUGGAUAG